AAAAUCCCCUUUAAAGCCGACCGUAAACAGAAAGCGGAAACAAUAGGGAACCACAAACACACACCCUUGUCUUGGCGAUCUACUCAGGGAAAUAAAAUACCUUUACCUUUUAAGCAAUACUAUUAAAUAGACAUCUAAGAAAAUACGAAGUCGACGAGUACUUAGGGGCAUUUUACUAAGUUGGUCACCAUGGCACUGAAAAGAAUACAGAAGGAGCUUCAUGACCUGCAGAGGGAUCCGCCAGCACAGUGCUCUGCUGGACCCGUGGGAGAGGACUUGUUCCAUUGGCAAGCAACAAUAAUGGGGCCAGGUGAUAGUCCAUACCAAAGUGGGGUCUUCUUUCUCACAAUCCACUUCCCCACCGACUAUCCCUUCAAGCCACCAAAGGUAGCAUUCACAACAAAGAUCUAUCAUCCAAACAUCAACAGUAACGGGAGCAUUUGCUUGGACAUUUUGCGAUCCCAGUGGUCUCCAGCAUUAACUGUAUCAAAAGUUCUGUUGUCCAUAUGUUCGUUGCUUUGUGACCCGAACCCGGACGACCCCUUAGUUCCAGACAUAGCACAGAUCUACAAACUAGACAAAGAGAAAUACAACAGACUAGCAAGAGAUUGGACUCAGAAGUAUGCAAUGUAAAGGCCCUCCUGAAGAUUUUUUUUAAAGUCACAAAACACUGUACAUUCUGGUAAUAGAAAGUAAACUUAGGUGAUAUGGAACACAUUGUACUGUCAACAUUUAUCAUGUGAACCCAUGAACUAUAGAUGAUUUUGUGUUUACAGGGGGUAUACACUGCACAUAUGUACAUUAAGGGUGAUAGAUAUGGGGGACAACAACUGUACAUUGUUGUUAUCCCUACUUCCUGGUUUUGGGAACUUUUGUUUCUCGUCUCAUGAAUGGAAGAGGAAGUCAUUAGAAUACUGUAGUCUGCUGUUCCAGUCAUCAGAAUACUGUAGCCUGCUGUUCCAGUCAUCAGAAUACUGUAGCCUGCUGUUCCAGUCAUCAGAAUACUGUAGCCUGCUGUUCCGCUGUUCCAGUCAUCAGAAUAUUGUAGCCUGCUGUUCCAGUCAUCAGAAUAUUGUAGCCUGCUGUUCCAGUCAUCAGAAUACUGUAGCCUGCUGUUCCAGUCAUCAGAAUACUGUAGCCUGCUGUUCCAGUCAUCAGAAUACUGUAGCCUGCUGUUCCAGUCAUCAGAAUACUGUAGCCUGCUGUUCCAGUCAUCAGAAUACUGUAGCCUGCUGUUCCGCUGUUCCAGUCAUCAGAAUAUUGUAGCCUGCUGUUCCAGUCAUCAGAAUAUUGUAGCCUGCUGUUCCAGUCAUCAGAAUACUGUAGCCUGCUGUUCCAGUCAUCAGAAUACUGUAGCCUGCUGUUCCAGUCAUCAGAAUACUGGAGCCUGCUGUUCCAGUCAUCAGAAUACUGGAGCCUGCUGUUAGUCAUCAGAAUACUGUAGCCUGCUGUUAGUCAUCAGAAUACUGUGGCCUACUGCUACAGUACAACAUACUCAUGGCUCUGCUGACUCACCCAUAAAGAGGGAAAUUGAGGAAUCAAACCAAUUUUACAGUUUUUUUUAUUGUAUCAAACUAUUCUGGACCUACUUUAGUUGUUUUAGCAUUAAGUCAGAACUUGUAUCAUUAAAACAUUGAAAUACAUUCUCUGCCAUUAACAGUGAUUUAGGGGCUUCAGUUAUGACUAUGGCUUAUGCUGUUUAGUUAGCACUUUUGUAUAAUUAAAGAAUGGUACACUUUUUAUUAA